GUCAACUGCGGUGAGAUGGAGUACUACGACAAAUCGUACGACCGAGUCUCCACUCGAAAUGAACGACCGCUUAGCCGAGUCAAUCGAGUGAUUCACACCGUGUCAACAACGGACGAUCCAAUUAUUGUCCGUCUGGCGAAACAGCAUGCCGGACGUGUUUACUGUACCGAUGCGAUUGCCGCCAGCAUCAUGUGUUGCACAAGAUCAGUCAACCCAUGGGAUUUGGUGGUUACUCGUGUGGAAGAUGUGCUCUUCUUCGACACUCAUCUGGUUAGUGUUUGUGAAACUGCCGCCGAACCACCGAAUGAAGAGCCCACUCAUAUCAAUUCCGCUCAGCGCCUUGCACUGGAGGCCACCUAUAUCAAUACGAAUUUAUCUCAACAAAUGUUGCUUAUGGGCGGGAAGAAAUAUGCAUUCCCUGAACCGAAUCCGUUUGUCGAUGAUGACGAAGAAGACGAGGAUGAAGAUGAAGAAGAUGAGGACGACGAUGGAGACCGAUCCGAUGGAGACGAUGGGGCACGUGAUUCCAAACGUAAGCAGUCAAAGAAAGAAGAGGUCGGCUCGGUCGGUUAUCGCUAUCGACUGUUUGAUUUGGGGAAUAAUAUCGGUUUGGUUGUUCGAUGCGAAGUGAACGGAGUACUGCCUCCCGCUGCGGACACCGAAAAUGCUUCACCACAGUUCGUCUGUAUCCGUGCACUGAAUGAGUUUGAUUCACGAAACAAUGCCUUCAAACUGGCACGGUGGACAACUUGCAGUAUUCUUGCCGGAGCGGAUCAGCUGAAACUAGGAUUUGUUUCUCGUGUAAAUCCCAAAGACUCCUCCCGUCAUGUGAUCCUCGGUACGCAACAGUUCAAACCGGCCGACUUCGCUCAACAGUUGAAUCUCAACUGGGAAAACGGAUGGGCUAUCUUGCGUUGCAUUGUGGACUUCUUNUUUUUGAAGAUGCCCGAAGGCAAAUACCUUUUGGUAAAGGAUCCUAGCAAGCCGUUACUAAAGAUGUACUCCGUACCGGCCGAUGCGUUCGAUUCUGAAGAGAGUGAUAGCAGUGAGGUAGAAUUGGAAUCUGCCAAACCUCCGGAGAAGACAGAGGAUACCAAUGUGAAUGCAAACGCUCCACCGAUUCAGGCUCCAACCGAAACAGGUGAGCAGUGA